UACGAACUGGCAAAUCCAUCAACUAAAGCAUUUUCUACAUUUGUUCCAAGAAUUGAGCUUUGAAUUUCUUAUCGAGAAGUGGUCAGAAGUGGUCAUGCAUAAAAUUUCUUCUGAAACAAAUUCAAUUUGAUUUAGUUUUUCUUCACUUUGUAAAGACUUAAUGUAAAAGCAGAGUCAUUGAUAUCUGUGCAAUCCAGUUGUUUCCAUUUCAAAGAAAUUCGCCAUCAUUUAUUGUAGGAAAAAAAUUGUAUGGCGAAUAGCUAAGAGUUCCGUGAUUCAAUAUAUGUCUAUUUAGGAUUUGUUUACUCGUUCAACUUGCACAAAUAGCUAAAUUAUUGCUUGUUGCACAUGUGAAUAAAAUUUGAAUAAACAAACCUUUGUACAAAAUUCUAAAUGUUAGAGAUUUCUGGCAACUUUAAAAGAAUCUAGCGAUUAGCAGCAGCUAUCACUGCGCAGCAGUACAGCAUCAUCUUCAUACUGCUGUAGAUAUCACGCUUUCAGGAAGGCAUUGAUAGAAGUAAGUGGGUUGUUGGGGUGAUCAGAUAUGGAGAUCGUCAAUGUUCAAGAUUAUGAAGCCGUGGCCAAGGAAAAGUUACCCAAGAUGGUAUAUGAUUAUUAUGCAUCUGGUGCUGAAGAUCAAUGGACUCUUAAGGAAAACCAAAGGGCCUUUCAAAGAAUAAGGUUUCGACCUCGCAUCUUAGUUGAUGUAUCGAAAAUAGAUACAAGCAGCACUAUGUUGGGAUUCAAGAUAUCAAUGCCUAUCAUGAUUGCUCCAACAGCCAUGCAAAAGAUGGCUCAUCCAGAUGGAGAGUUGGCAACUGCAAGAGCUGCAUCAGCAGCAGGCACUAUAAUGACACUUUCAUCAUGGGCUACAUCUAGCGUUGAAGAAAUUUCCUCAACUGGACCAGGCAUUCGUUUUUUCCAGCUUUAUGUAGUCAAGGAUAGACAUGUGGUUGCACAACUUGUUAGAAGGGCAGAGAAUGCUGGUUUCAAGGCAAUUGCACUCACGGUAGAUGCUCCUCGACUUGGGCGCAGGGAAGCAGACAUUAGAAACAGAUUUGUACUCCCACCACAUCUAACCCUCAGGAACUUUGAGGGCUUGGACCUUGGUAAGAUGGAGAAGACUGAAGACUCUGGACUGACUUCAUAUGUUGCCAAUCAAAUCGACAGAUCACUGAGUUGGAAGGAUAUUAAGUGGCUGCAGACAAUUACGCACUUGCCAAUACUUGUGAAGGGGGUACUUACUGCUGAGGACACAAGGCUAGCUGUCCAAGCAGGUGUAGCAGGCAUAAUUGUUUCCAACCAUGGAGCUCGACAGCUUGAUUAUGUUCCAGCGACAAUAAGCUGCCUUGAAGAGGUUGUAAAUGCUGCACAAGGCCAAGUUCCUGUGUUUCUUGAUGGUGGGGUUCGACGUGGCACAGAUAUUUUCAAGGCACUGGCACUUGGAGCCUCUGGUGUUUUCAUUGGAAGGCCUGUUGUCUUUGCUUUGGCUGCAGAAGGUGAAGCUGGAGUUAAAAAAGUUCUGCAAAUGCUUCGGGAUGAAUUUGAACUCACUAUGUCUUUGGCAGGAUGUUGUUCAGUGAAGGACAUAAACCGUAAUUACAUUCAAACUGAGGCUGACAUGUUUAAGGCUUGGGCAAGGCUGUAACCUGACCCAAGUCAGUGGUUAUCCAGGAAUGCAAUAAUUAUAAGGUAGUUUUUAAGGUAAAUGCUAAGUAAGACAUCAAAUUUAUGUGUGAUAUGUAACAACCUAAAGAAAAUCUUGGGAACAUGUUAUUAUCGCUAGUCAAAAACCUUAAUCUUAAAUAUUGUCCCGAAUACAUCUUAGUUGUUAGUCAAUAUUAAGUGCGCAUGGUGUCAGGUAUCAUAAAAACUUAGAAUAUUCAAUCUAAUUUUACAAGAAUUUGCUGGACGACUCAAGUUGUAGUUACAAGGUAGCAGUGAAGUUACUACCAAUAUCUUUUUACUCCAAUAAAUUGAUUGGCCAACUUUUCC